CGCCAGCCCGGCUGGCAUCCCCGAGCCGCUGCCAGCCCCGCGAAGCGGAGCCAACGCCGCUACCGAGGGGCGCCCAGCGCCGGAGCCAUGACCCUCCGCCGACUCAGGAAGCUGCAGCAGAAAGAGGAGGUGGCGGCAGCCCCGGACCCCGCCACCCGGGCUCCGGACUCGGAAGUCGCUCCCGCCCCGACCCGGGCUUCGGGCUCCCCUGCUGCAGCCGCCACCUCUGGGUCCCCCGGGGACGAGCUGUAUGCUGCGCUGGAGGACUACCACCCUGCAGAGCUGUAUCGCGCGCUUGCAGUGUCCGGGGGCACCCUGCCCCGCCGAAAGGGCUCAGGAUUCCGCUGGAAGAGUCUCAGCCAGAGUCCUGAACAGCAGCGGAAAGUGCUGACCUUGGAGAAGGAGGAUAACCAGACCUUCGGCUUUGAGAUUCAGACCUAUGGCCUUCACCACCGGGAAGAGCAGCGAGUGGAGAUGGUGACCUUUGUCUGCCGGGUUCACGAGUCCAGCCCUGCCCAGCUGGCAGGGCUUACACCAGGGGACACAAUCGCCAGUGUCAAUGGCCUGAAUGUGGAAGGCAUCCGACAUCGAGAGAUUGUUGACAUCAUUAAGGCAUCUGGCAAUGUUCUCAGACUAGAAACUCUGUAUGGGACAUCAAUUCGGAAGGCAGAAUUGGAGGCUCGCCUGCAGUACCUGAAGCAAACCCUGUAUGAGAAGUGGGGAGAAUACAGGUCCCUAAUGGUGCAGGAGCAGCGGCUGGUGCAUGGCCUCGUGGUGAAGGAUCCCAGCAUCUAUGACACCCUGGAGUCGGUGCGCUCCUGCCUCUAUGGUGCGGGCCUGCUCCCUGGCUCGCUGCCAUUCGGGCCUCUGCUUGCUGUGCCUGGGGGUCCCCGUGGGUGUGCCCGGCGGGCUGGGGGCGAUGCCACUGAUGACGCUGUCUACCACACAUGCUUCUUUGGGGACUCUGAGCCACCGGUUUUGCCACCCCCGCCGCCCCCGACCCGCACCCUGGGGGGCACUGCCCUGGCCCCGGAUCCUGGGUUGUGCCCUGGGUCGCGGGCCACGCUGAGCCGCAGCGCCAGUGUGCGCUGUGCAGGCCCCGGGGGCGGCGGAGGCACACUCUGGACUGAGGCCCGAGAGCAGGCCCUGUGUGGCCUGCGCAAAACCAAGUAUCGCAGCUUCCGCCGGCGGCUGCUCAAGUUCAUCCCUGGACUCAAUCGCUCCCUAGAGGAGGAGGAGAGCCAGCUGUAGGGCCAGGGUGGGCAGGGGAAGUAUUUAUUUAUUUAUUCCAAGUAACAGCAAGUGCAAAGUGGGGGUGCUGGGCCAGGAGGACCCCAGGAGUCCAGAGCAGCGGGAGAGGGUCCUAGUGAGCCCUGGCGGGCUUGAGUGGUUCCUGGCUUGUCUCACUGAGGGAAUGGGGGCCCCAGACCCCUUCUCUUUUCCUCCCCUAAACCAUAGUGGGAGCCGGGGCAGAGGGAGAACUUUGGGGUUGAGAGAGGUUUGGGGGCCAAAGAUAGGGUGUGUUAUUGUACAGUCGGGGUCAGUAGUGCCUUGUGGGGUAUCCAGGAACAGUCCCCCACCCUGGAGUGGGGGACCCUGUCCCAUGAAGCCCUCUCCUCAGCUUUACCUGCUCCCCCUGCCCUUAGCCUUGGGGAGAAAUGGCCGAUGGUGGGUCAUUCCCUACCCUCCACACACACAGUCCCAGUGGACCAGUGGGCCCCAGGGGCAUAGGUGCUGGCCCUCUCCCUCCUGGCCUUGGCCACUAAGGGCUUGGACCCUCCUAGGGGCCUAUAAAACUAAUGGGGUCCUAGGACAGGGGUCUUGAGUUCUGUGCCCCUUGGGGAACAGGAGCCAGCAUAUUCAGGUGGGGUCGGGGCAGCACAGACUGUUCCACCAUUUUGCAUAUUGUCGCUUCUGAACCACAAAGUGUAUAAAAUUGACGGUAUUUUGCA